AUGGCAUUUCCAUACAUUUCAUGUUUAUUGAUAUUUCUCAUAUUGCUUAUAUGGAGAUACCGAGGUUGGUUGUUAUCAUUGGUGGUAGCAAAAAUUUGCCGCUGUCGUUCAGUUCGCCUGGGCAGAUGCGGCCUUUUUUAUGUAGAACAUAUUAGACUUUGCUUAAUUGGUGGUAUCGUGAUUGAAGUUGACGAUUUUCGCGUAACAGUCAGUUUCUUCAAUACACAUUACACGAAACCGUUCAUUAUCACGAUUAGUGACAUUCGCAUUGAAGGUGAAUGUAAUCAAUUGUCCUUGACACCAACCUACAAGAAACAGUGCUGUCAUAAGGAUUUUAGAAGAUAUCUUCAUUGGUUACAAUAUACAAGCACGGUAAUUCGUACUGCGCGCGUUGUAUUUCUUGGUGUGACACCAGGAUCUUUGUUGCAUUCAACCUUUCAACAAUUACAACUUGAUGGAUAUCGAGAUCGUGAAGGGAUGCAGAUUGAACUUUCUUGUAAGCUAUUACAAGCAAAAUUGUUCAGUCGUGGAACAACUCAAAAUACUGCGCCUCUACUCGUACUUUCAUUAGGAUUAUCAGUUUGUUGCAACAUACCUUUAGAUAUUUUAAAAUUGAAACGACUUGGUGCCCGUAUUACUGAUCCUCAGCUUAUACUUUCGGAUGGCCUUUUGGAAUACUUUCAUGAUCAUUCAAUACGUAAGAAGACAAAAACCACGUCAGAUCAAUUUUUCACCUCCUUUAAUAUUGAAAGCCUUUUGAAUACAAGUUUGAAACUGGACAUCGAGAAUUUAGUACUGAGAUAUACCGCCAACAUGGAUUAUUCAGAAAUGCGUACUGUUGCUGCAAGGUUAAAUGUAGCAUCGCUAUCGACGGAAGAUAACCAACAGUUUGCUAUUGUUUUAACUGGAAUCAAUGUAGACGAUCAGACGCGAGAGACGUUGUUCAGUUGCAAUGAAUUCGAUGCUACACUGAAUCGAGCAUCAGACAGUCCAGGAAUUCUCUUAGCCGAUAUGAAAAUAUUUAACCCUCAUUUUGUUACGAAUCAGAAGGCUAUCGUUGAGUGGACCGGAUAUUACCGUAAUAUUGGACAACGAAUCUCGACCUCUGUUGAGGGUCAUUUCGAUGAUGAUUUUUCGGCUGCAUCUACAGAUUUACACGUAGUACCGACAGAAAUGAAGACGUUCUGUUGGGAAUCUUUAUACGUCGAAGUAAAUUCAUUUCACUGUCGUUUAUUGCUCUCCAAUGGACAAGAAAUCAACGCCAGUCUCGAACUGGGAACAUUUCGCGUUAACGAUAAUUUUGCAUCUGCUGAAAUUGGUUUGGAAUCGGUCUGGAUUCGACAAGGAAAUCUUUUUAUUGGCCAUCUUGACUCUCCCUUUUGUCAUGUUUGGGGUACCAUUUUGAUUGUUGGAGCUUUAUUAAUUCAGUACUCCCGAAAUAAUGAAAUGAGAAGGUUGCUGGUCAAGUUGGUUGAAUGUCAAAUAGAAUAUGAGGAAGAACUCAUCCGGCAGAUGGCUUCAUUCUUAUCAUCUCUUCUAUAUAGCGGUACGUCAUCAGCAGCAUGCAACACAUCUUCUGCAUUUCAACCUUACCCACCUCCCCAAGUUGUUUCUGCAGCACAAAUUUCUGUAGAGAAUGUUGCCAUCUUCAUUCUAGCUCGACAUUCAUUGUAUCUGAUUCUAUCUAUCGAACAGCUGCGUUUGGAUGUCUUACCUUCCUCAACAACAUUGUCGAUGCUUGCAUUGAAUUUCAAGAUACUUCAGGGUAUCAUGACAAAUGAUGAAUUCAUUUGUUGGGAUGAUUCAGCACAAAUAAAAUCGGAACAUAUUUGUGGAUAUAGUGAUCGCUUGAUGAUGCGACUUUCUUGGUUAUUGUCAUCUUGGGAAUGGGUUUUGCUAGCUGAAUCAACAGUGAAUUUGGUUUGGAGUACUACCGUACACAUAAUUUUUCUGGAAACUUUCCGGAGUUUGAAACAAAUCUGGGAUCUUUUUGGACGAAAUACAUCUUCCAAAGCAUUUCAGUUGUUCCACUUCAGUAUAGAAACAUUCAAUCUCGUAACCAUCGAAUUUCAGCUACCGCGAUGUCACGUGAUGUGUUGGGAAGUACCAUCGCUACACAUCAAGUGUAUGGAUCAUACAAAAAUCGAAAUGCCACAAUUCACUGCUUCCUUAGAUUGUCAUCCUAUCCUUACCAUCGAGAAGUUUUGUAUCGAGAAGCAAGCAUUCGAUGCAGGGAUGGAUUUAGGCAGGAAUGAAUUUAAGAAUCUGAAAAACCGAACAAAUAAACUUUGGAUAUGGUCUGCCGAUUCAGUGAUGUUCGUCUUUCCAUAUGAUUAUAAUUUUGCAGCAGGUUAUGACGAGAUAAUUAAUGCAUGGAAAUGGAUAAAAUUAGUGCAUGAAUGGAAGAGAAAACCGUUUACUGUUGAAUCUCCACUUCCUUCAGAUUUGCGAUUCUCAGUUAAGAAUGCUUCACUACAAAUUAAUGAUGAUCCAUUUGAAGUACAACUUCAAAAUAAUUACGAACUAAUGGUUGAUGAAGUAUAUGAAUGCGAACGUCGGCGUCAAAUGCUAGACCAAAAGUUGGAGCAGCUUCAGAAAACGCGUCCCUUUCUGUCUCAAUCAAAAGCAGAUGAAUUACAUCGAUCGUUAGUUAAGAAAAAUGCGGAGAUAUAUAUUGAAAGAUCCAAAAAGUUGCCGAGUUCCAGAAAGCAUCUUUAUUUGUGGUCAAUUACGAAUCUAGAGAUUCGUACAUAUGCUGAUUUGAUUUUGCACGGAAAAGAAAAUGUGAUCAGACAUCUGAAAACUUUCAAUCCAGAAUCGCCAUUCCCAACUGAGGGAAUGGAAUUCAGUACGUUAUGGGCACGUGCUGUUGAAAUGGAUUGUGAUGAUUGGGUUAUGCAGUUCCGUGAUUAUCCGUUGCCGUAUGUCCUGAUGAAAGAUGCACAUUUUUGGGGACAUCUAAUAGGAAGUGAGCAACUUACAGGACCGCGCUCAAUACGAACAUGUACCGUAACACUACCAGAGCCUUGGGGGCAAUAUAUUAUUGAGCGAAAUAUGUGUCCCUUGAAAUAUUAUUACGAUCUCUCAUGCGAGAUCAAAGAACUAAAUUGCACUUAUGGGCCUUGCUGGGAGCCGUGCUUAUCGAUGAUUAGCCUUUGUUGGAGUAAUAUCAGUUUGCCAUCAAGAGAUCCAAGUCCACCACUGCCUUUUUGGGACAAAAUUCGAUUACUUUUACACGGUCGUUUUUCUAUGCUUUGUCAAAAUUUGGUUACAUCGAUGCUUGCAUCUACAGAUCCAUACAAUUCCACUGAACUGGUUGAAAUAUGCUGGAGAGAAUUCGGGUUUGACUGGGUUACAGAUCAGUUUUGUGUACAAACGGAUAUAGAUGCAUUCGUACGUACUGCAUCGAAGUAUGAUGAAAGUCGUGUUUUGCAUUUGCCAGGAUUUAAAUUCAGUGUGAAAAUGGACUGGGCUUGUAUUGGUGAUCCACACGAUCAUCACAGUGUUCAACCGUGUGCUCCUGACAAGCUUCCUGAAUACUCAUCUACUAAUUUAGAACAUGAUUCUUAUCGCGCAUUUCGCUCAACACAUCUCGAUUUAGUCUUCACUUUAGAAGUGAAACAACCGGAUAAUACGGUGACUAAUAGUCAGUGUCCUCAGAUUUUACUUUAUGCCAAUAUCUUUCGAUGGUUGGAAUUCCUCAAAAAUACGAUGACAACAGUGAAUAGACCAGUAAAGCGUGGUCGAUUAUUCGGUGGAGACAAAACUAAAAAAAGUCAGCUGAGUCGACAUUUGAAGCAUAUUCAAUUGAAUGUUACACUUCCACGCUUUUUGAUCACUUACUGGAUGUCGUACUCAUCAUCACAUGGUCUGCGGAUGAUUAGUGAAAGUUUACACUUAACCUCAUCAUUAGAACUUCACAUUUUGCAGAAUGGCGAGCAAAAGGAUGGAGUCAGCAGAAGACGAAUUGCCAAAUGGUCAGUUUUAUACGUUUCAGCACAGCUUUUAAAUGCACAGAUUCAUCUUUUCGGCGCUAAUUCACAAAACUUUGCUACUUCAAUUGAUGAUAAUUCGUUUUUUAUUGGAUUGGAUCGGUUGUCUUACACACGAGAAGCACGAUCUAAGAAUAGCACUGAUUCUUCCAGUAAUAGGCAGGUCAAAUUGUCAGAAAGUGAUGAAGCAGUGCACAGGCUCACAAUUCAUGAUUUGCGUGCUUCGUGGACUCCGGAAAAUCGUGAUACGUGUUUGGCCAUUGCAGAUGGCGUUCAUAAGGCCCACAUUUUACGGCGUAUUUUAGGAACAGAUGCUUUGAAGACACCACAUUUUACGGAACCAGGAGUCCUGUCACCAUCUUCAGCUACUUUAAAUGCUGCGAGUGCCGUAAGAUCGACUGUUUCAAGAUUACAUUCUGAUCCUGACAAAACAAAUCAAUCACGAUGUGGUUCUGAUAGACGGGUAACAGAGGAAAAUGAUAUGCUGCAGCGAUUAAUUGAUGAAGCCAGUACGAAACUUGUCGCUUACGAUGAAGAAACAACUGACAUUCCUUCGGACAUGUUACAAGGAAUUGCACUGUGUACAGCUGACGACGUCGCAUUAAUCAACUGGCAAAUUGAUCUUAUUAAUAGCCAAGCCGUUUUACGGGGAAAAGAAAAGGAUGGAUUUGUUUUACUAACUGCUGCCCGUGCAUCUGUAACUCAGCGCAUCUAUUCAUUAGUUUGGAAAAAAUCGCAGUUGUUGAGUAAGAAAUCAUGGUGCGCGACUCUUUCCGGGAUGCAGUACUUUGCACCCCUGGUAAUGUCUCAGCAUCUCAAUCCAUCAAGUUCUCUGUCGGAAUCAAUCCCACAAGGAUUCCAUUGGUUAAAUCGUGAUAUCAUUGAGGAAAAAACGUGCAGUGAUCCUAAUAUCAGUGAUCGCUUGAAUCCUUAUAUUAGCACUGGGGAAGCCCGCAUCAUGAGCUUAAACAUUAUUUUAAAUCAUGGUAAUGUGGCACAAACCGAGGGAAAACUACAGUUACAACGAGUCGUUUCGAGAUGUAGCUGUCAAAUGUAUUUUUGCUACUUUUCGGAUACAUUGGAUCUUGAUACACAUGACAUUCCCUAUUCGAUCAGCGAAACGAAUGAGGCAGGUGGAAUUUGGGGCCAGCCAGAACCCGUUGAUUGCUUUACCUUAAAACAUAACAUGCUGGAGGUCAGCACUAAUCCCGAGCAGUACCAAAUGGUGAUGAAUAUUAUAAACCAAUUGGUUCUAUUUGUGGAUCCACGAAAGAAAGAAAGUGACCGUCGGCGACAACGACUGCGUUUUGAAUUGCAGCUUAAAGAUGUUGAUGAAGUGAAAUCGGCUAUUUUUGCCAUGCAGGCAGAAUUGCGAGAUGUUAUUGCUGUAAUCCGUUCACUGGAGAGACGUUUAUUUUUCCUGAAUAGGCAGUUACAGGAGUCUGGCAAUGACACUGCAAUAUUGGAGGCUAACAAAAAUGUGACAGCAGAAAUCGAUGAAAUGAAAAAAAAUCAGAUUGUACUCUGUGAUGAAUUAGCAAUGACUAUUAGUUGUUAUAAAGAGAAGCAAGUGGAAAGAAUGCGACAACUGGUUAAUGCUGCAGAGGAAGAACAGGCUGCUGUGGCUAGGAGAUUUGAAGUAUGUUUUGAAGACUGUAUUUGGAGGCUUACAGAAAGUGAUGGACAAAUUGCUCUUGCAGAAAUGCAAAUACGAAAUUUUUUGUAUACACGUACGGCGCGUAUAGAUAAUUCUGGUGAACAUUUAUUAGAGAUUGGCACUGUGCAAGUUACCAAUUUACUUCCAGAUACUCUUUACAAGCAUACUUUGCAAGCACAAAAUACAUCACGAAAGAAAACGGAACGUCAACCAGCAUCAAUUCGCGUUGUUUGUCGCGAAAAAGCGCCAGUUGGUGGAAUUUCGGUAAAGGAACAUUUCGAGAUAAAUGUUUCACCCAUGAAUGCUCAAAUUACUUAUCGAUUCUUCGAAAAAAUGAUGGGGUAUUUUUUUCCUGGGAGGAAUAUCGAUAAAGAAGACCAACGAAAUCUCGAUACAAAUGAAGAGCUGCAGAACAAUCAGGGUGUAUCAGUUGGACAGUGGUUACGUGGGGCCAUGAACGGUUCAUUUCGGCGUACAAAUGACUCUAGUCAUUUACGUGAUGAUAUUGAUCGCAUGAAGGAACGAGCUCAAGAAAAUAAUGUUUUUCUGUACAUCAAAAUACCCGAAGUGCCUUUUAUUGUUUCAUACAAGGGUAACAAAGAGAAGAAUAUUGAAGAUGUCGAUCGAUUUCAACUAGUUUUCCCGUUGUGUGAAUAUCAUGAAAAAAAUUGGACUUGGCUGGAUCUCGCUUUGGCAAUUAAGCAACGUUGUCGACGAGUACUACUUCAACAGUUCAUGAAGCAGAAAUUAUUACGAAAUCGUUUAACAGGUGUGGAACAUCCAUCAAUCGAGAUAGAUGAGGAUGAGAAGAAACGGAUUGUUCUUGGGACGACAGCCGUUCCAGUAAAAGAUAAGAAAAAGAAGAAGAACAACUAA